CUUCUUCACGCCGUAAUUCGUGUACAAUCUGUACUCUUGUCUAGUGUUAUUUUUAAUGGGCAAAACACGAAGCAGGAGAUAAGCGUAUUUCCUACGUUUGAUAUCGUUCAUCAGAAGCCCCGUACAACACCGUGCUUUAGCAAAGUGUUCGACACCAUCUAGCCUGUACCACCGUUCAAACAAACGCAAUGGCCAACGCGGAAGCCAUUCAGGUCAGCUCGCUGCCGCUGCCCCCCGCGCAGUAUAUCAAUCUGUACACGGAUGAAAACAUACGCAAGAACCGUGCCCCGAAACCUCCGGCACCAAUUCAGGAUUCGUACACAAUGUUCGGCAGCCCGUUCAGCAACGACGACAACAUAAUCCGCCCGCUCGAAAGCCAAGGUUUCAAACGACUCUACCCGCAACACUUUGACCGACGGAAGGAACUGAAGAAGCUAAACCAUUCGCUGUUGGUCAACUUUCUCGAUCUGAUUGAUCUGCUGGUGCACUAUCCGGACAGUCCCAGGCGGGCGGAAAAGAUCGAAGAUCUCAGUUUGCUGUUCGUGCACAUUCACCACCUGCUGAACGAGUUCCGGCCGCAUCAGGCUCGGGAAACGUUGCGCGUAAUGAUGGAGCUACAGAAGCGCCAGCGGAUAGAGACGGCCCAGCGCUUCCAGAACCACCUGGAGAAGGUGCGGGAGAUGGUGAAGAAUGCGUUCGCUUCCCUGCCUGAUCUAACGGACGCUGAUCGGCUUGCCGGCGGGCUGGAACCGAUGGAUGUGGGUGAAUCGGGCGAUCUUGCUGGAGGCCGGGGUGAAGGUUGCCAUCCGCUGGACCGGUUAAUGUGUGAAAUUGUGGACAGAAUGUGAAGCACCGUGUGUUGCCGCGUAGAGAAUGUACUUUGGUUCCCGAUCGCUUAAACACGGCCAACCGAUAUUUUACAUUCAAGGAUGUGGGAACGAUACGUUAUUUGAUCGCAGAUUUUGUUUUGUAAUCAUAAUUUUCUUGAAAUUUAAUGAAGCUAAGAAGUAAAUAAAAUGCGAAUAUGUGCGAGUAUAGUAAAUUAUUUCUUAACACGA